AAAGAACAUAUAUCACGUUGUAUAGAGAAUAAUUAUUAGUAUAAAAGUUUAAUAAUUAGUGUGGUUUUGGAGAGAGAGAGAGAGAGAAUAUGAUAGGGAUAAGGGAGCGAAAAUUCAUGAGUCCAGUCUUCUCUACAUCUUCAAUCUUUGUGGUGUUGCCCAUUAUCCCUUUGGCGGCCCUCUUGGUAAUUUUUUUCUCCAAUUAUUCGGUUCUGGUGACCACCCCUUCUUCUUCUUCUUCUUCUUCUUCCCCAACAUCUGAGUUAUGGAGAAUCAUAGGUAAUAAUUCAUCUUCAGCUGCAACUACUGCUAAUCUCUCCAUUCAAUUAGCACCCGCAGAAACUCCCCUAAUCAGUUUCCCAAAACCCGAUUUUCGCACCAUAUCAUCGACUCCCGAAGCAGCUUCUCAAAUAGGAGAAGAAAAUCAGAAUAAAAGUGGUACUCAAAAUUCAAGAAGCAGAGAUGUUGCAAAAAUAAAACUGAGCAGCAGUCUGCAUAAAUUGGAAGCAAGGUUGGUUGAAGUAAGGGCUUCCAUAAGGGAAGCUGCUCUUGUUGCCAGGAACUUCACCCCUAAUAGUCAUGACUCGCUCUCAGACCCGGACUUUACUCCAAAAGGACACAUAUACAGGAACCCAAAUGCUUUCCACAGGAGUUACCUAGAAAUGGAAAAGUUGAUGAAGAUAUACGUGUACGAGGAAGGAGAACCGCCGGUGUUUCAUGACGGGCCAUGUAGAAGCAUAUACUCAUCGGAGGGAAGAUUCAUCCAUGAGAUAGAAAAGGGCGGGUUGUUUCGGACAAGAGAUCCCAACAAGGCACUCGUGUAUUUCUUGCCGUUUAGCGUUGUGAACAUGGUUCGGUACUUGUACGUACCGGAUUCUCAUGACACAAAACCCAUGCGGCGUGUCGUCGUCGACUACAUGAAUCUCAUUGCACAUAAACAUCCCUUCUGGAACCGCAGCCUUGGUGCCGACCAUUUCAUGCUUUCUUGUCAUGAUUGGGGACCUAGUACAUCAUCUUUUGUGCCACAUCUAUACCACAGGUCCAUCAGAGCUUUGUGCAACGCAAAUACUUCGGAGGGGUUUAGGCCUUCAAAAGACGUAUCCUUCCCGGAGAUCAAUCUGCUGACAGGCGAAGUCAGGGGGCUCGGUGGGCCCUCUCCUUCGAAACGCACCAUCUUGGCUUUCUUUGCAGGUCGUCUACACGGCUACAUAAGGUACUUACUUCUAAACCAAUGGAAAAACAAAGACCAGGACGUCCAAGUCUACGACCAACUUCCUAGACGAGUGUCUUACCAAGACAUGAUGAAAAAGAGCAAGUUCUGCCUCUGCCCUAGUGGCUACGAGGUGGCAAGCCCCCGAGUGGUGGAGGCCAUUUACGCCGGAUGCGUCCCAGUGUUGAUCUCCGACGGCUAUGUUCCGCCUUUUAACGACGUCUUGAAUUGGAAGUCGUUUUCCGUCCAGAUUAAGGUGAAUGACAUACCCAAGAUUAAGGAGAUAUUGAUGGGGAUUUCCACACGGCACUACUCGAGACUUCAAAGGACACUGAAACUGGUGCAGAGACAUUUUCUGGUCAAUGCAACUCCUAAGAGAUAUGAUGUCUUUCACAUGAUUCUUCACUCCAUUUGGCUCCGUCGAUUAAACGUUCGCUUUCCAGAUUACAAUAGUGAUGCUCACUUUAAAGGCUAUCAUGACCAAACAACUCAAUUAAUGCACUAAUUGUUGUUUCUCUACUACAACUUCUUACAUUACAUUUCUUGAAACACUGUUAGUUUCCAUUUAUAACAAACGAUACUGUAAAGAAAAAAAAAAAAA